AGGAGCCCUGCGCUCCUGGUGGAGCUGGAGCAGCUGAGUACUCUGAUCCUGGACUGCAACAGCUUCAGCUCCCACGUCAAGUUCCCCUUCAUGCCCACGCUCACCACGCUCUGGCUCAACAAGAACCGCAUACGCAACCUGCCCAUCCUCAUCGACGAGCUGCGCUGCAAAUUCCCCAAUCUCAAGAUUCUGAGCAUGAUGAACAAUGAGGCGGCUCCCAGCUACUUCAAUGGAGGCAGUCUGACACAAUACCUGGACUACAGGCUGUACGUGGUGAGCCACCUGCCUGGUCUUGACGUCCUGGACGACACUGAGGUGACGGAGGAGGAGAGAGCUCUGGCACGCAAGACCUACCGCAAGACACACAGGCACCGAGACAAGAAGAGGAGGGAGCUGGCACUCUGACAACCAAUAGAAACACCUCUGACAACACUACUGACCAAUCACAGGCACCGAGACAAGAAGAGGAGGGAGCUGGCACUCUGACAACCAAUA